GUCCCCUUCCCUCUAGAGAGAGAGAGAGAGAGAGAGAGAGAGAGAGAGAGAGUAUCGCACACUGAAUGUGUUGUUUAUUUUCUAGAGAGAGAAACUGAAAAAAGAAAGAGACUCCCAUAGGAGGAGGCUUUAGCUAGUAAGUAGCUGCUGUAGUUCUUUUUUGUUUCUCUACCUGCUACUUUUAGUAUUAUAUUAACUGUUUUCUUCUUUAUAAUAGCAAGUAGUUGAGGGCCUUUUGAUUUUGUUCUUGAGGUGGUCAAAGAAAACGAAUAGUCACUACUCUGACUUACUAUUAGAAUAAAAGAAGAUUGUAUCAUUUCUGAAGUUUUUGUGUUUCUGGGUUUGUUGAAGACCUUUUCCUUUGUGAAAUGUGGUGUAUUUUGGGGGCAGUAACCAAUGCGUGCAGUGUGAGUGCAGCUCUCUUAGUGUGAAAUUCACCGAAGAAGUGGGAAUCAGUGACGUUAAGAUUCUUGGUUUCUUUCUGGUGAAGAUUUUGAGUUGGGAUUCGAUUUUUAUCUCAUAUUAUCCCUUAGUUUCCAACACUUGGAAAAAAAGUUCUCUUAACAAAUAUGGCUUCAUAUAUAUGAUGGGGUUUCUUUAAGAAACUGGUCCUCUUGAAACUCGCUGGGUUUCUCGUUUUCAAGCUCCUUGGAGUUGGUGUCCUUGAGAAUGCCAAAGAUUGAAGCUUAUGAUUAAUGGUCUUGGGUUUAAGCGAGAAUCUUGAGUUAUAAGGAGUAUUGAAGAUGUGGGUUAUGGAGAUUUUGUUGAGCUUGUGGUAUCAUUUAUAGGGUCCUGUGGGAGGUCUUGAGGCCUUUUAGGUCCUAAUGGAGAAAAGAAGAUAUAGUCUUGGAGUUAGCAAUAGCACAGUCACAGCUUCACUGCCUUUUCUGUUCGUUCUUUGCUUGUACUGCGCAAGUGUACAAUGUCAAGAAAGUAGUAAAGUCACACCUCCAUCUCCUUCUACUCCAACCCAAUCCAAGAAUGGACUCAAGAGAAUACUUGUAAGCAUCUUCUUAGGAGUCUUGACUGGAUUAAUAGGAGCCGUUGUUUUUGCUUUUGUAGUCCGUUUCUUGGUCCGGUACAUGAAGAGAACUCCGAUUCUCAAAGGCCCAGUUAUAUUUUCUCCAAAAAUCACUCCUAAAAGUCUUCAAUCAGCUCUUGAAAAUGAGAAUCAAUUGCUAGGUUCAAGCUCCAAUGGAAAGUAUUACAGGACUGCACUGGACAAUGGGCUAACCAUUGCUGUCAAGAGGUUCGAGCCAUUUGAGAUUGGCUCCCCUGAGAGGCAGAGCAAAUCAAUAAAGAGAAGGAUACAGCAGGAGCUGGAAAUGCUAGCUAGUUUGAGACAUCGGAAUCUGAUGAGUUUAAGGGCUUAUGUUCGCGAGCCAGAUAGGUUCUCUUUGGUUUAUGAUUAUGUGCCAACCGGGAGUCUUGAAGAUGCAAUGAAUAGAGUGAGAGAGAAUGAGUUGCAACUUGGAUGGGAAGUUCGGCUUCGGAUAGCCGUUGGGGUUAUUAAAGGGCUCAGGUAUCUUCAUUUUGAAUGCGCCCCUCAGAUUUUGCAUUAUAAUUUGAAGCCCAGGAAUGUGAUUUUGGAUGCUGAGUUUGAACCAAGGUUGGCUGAUUUUGGACUGGCUAAGCUUACGCCUAAUUUGGAUAGAGCUACGUCUGGAUAUAGUGCUCCUGAGUGUUUCCAAGAUUGCAGGUACUCGGAUAAAAGUGAUGUUUUCAGCUUUGGGAUGAUAUUAGGUGUUUUGCUAACUGGGAGAGACCCUACAGAUCCAUUCUUUGGGGAAACAGCUAGUGGGGGUAGUUUGGGUCGUUGGCUUCGACAUUUGCAACAAGCAGGGGAGGCGCGAGAGGCGCUUGAUAAGAGUCUUCUUGGGGAAGAAGUUGAGGAAGAUGAGAUGCUUAUGGCAGUGAGAAUUGCUGUUGUUUGUCAAUCAGAAAUGCCUGCAGAUAGGCCUUCAAGUGACGAGCUUGUCCCCAUGCUAUCCCAACUGCACAGUUUUUAAAGGAAAUCUAGAAUAUCUUCUUCAUGUGGACAGUUCACGCAUGCAUGUUACUACCACCAAUAAAGCUCUGCAGCAUAUAUUAUAGUAUGAGCUUAGCUGAUCUUAAUGGUUUGGAAUCAUUAACUCCAGCUGUGUCUCCUGUAAAUGUCUUUCUGGGAUUUCUCCUGUUUAUAUUGAAGAGUGAAUGUUGAUGGGAUGAGCCCAGCAGUGAGUAUGUAUAUGGUAAAAUGUACCUGAUGAUGUGGGCAUGCCUUGGGAGCAUGAAAAGCUUGCAAAAAAGCAUGAAAUGGGAUACCGAGAGAUCGGAAAGGUCAUGCUUCCGGGACCAAAAGCAGGAACAUGGUGCGAUAGGCUUUAAGUUGAGUAAUAAUAGAAAGUGUCAAUUUGCCCUUACAGCUGUCAAUACACGGGCACUU